AUGAUUGGUACACGAUCAAACACCUUUAAUGACAAUUCUGGAGAACCUGAACAAGAUGCUAAUUCAGCUUUAACAGAAUUAGACAAAGGUCUAAGAUCUGGAAAAGUUGGUGAACAAUGUGAAGCAAUCGUCCGUUUCCCUCGACUGUUCGAAAAAUAUCCAUUUCCUAUCCUAAUUAACUCGUCCUUUCUGAAAUUGGCCGAUGUCUUUAGAAUGGGCAAUAAUUUCUUAAGAUUGUGGGUUCUACGUGUCUGCCAGCAAAGCGAGAAACAUUUAGACAAAAUUUUAAAUGUUGAUGAGUUCCUUCGAAGAGUUUUCAGCGUUCUACAUUCUAACGAUCCAGUGGCGAGAGCACUAGCCCUUCGGACUCUAGGUGCAGUGGCAGGAAUUAUACCAGAAAGACAAAAUGUGCAUCACGCGAUACGGAGAGGAUUGGAGAGCCAUGACAAUGUGGAAGUUGAUGCUGCAAUUUAUGCCACUACCAGAUUUGCUGCUCAUUCUAAUUCAUUUGCUGUGGCAAUGUGCAACAAGUUAUCCGAUAUGGUGGAAUGUGAGAGUACAGCAGCAGAGAGGAGAGCAAAACUUGUUAGGGCUCUUAGAACAGUUCAUGGGGGAGCUGUGAGAGCCCAAGGGGUCUUGAAAUUAUUGCACUCUUUGCUCGAGAAAUUUCCCUCUUCAAGUUCAGUUAGGGCAGCUAUCACGGCACUGACUGCAAUUGCUGCAGAUACUGUGGUGCAUGUACCUGAUCAGGUUGAACUACUUCUAAGUAUAGCAAUGAAGGACGCCCGUUCGGCUGUUAGAAGGGCUGCACUCCUCGGCCUGAAAAAGUUGGCGGAACAUGCAGCUCUGUGGCCGGCGGAGUGUAUCCAGAAAUUAGUGCAGGCAGCAAGUGACAAUCGGGAUGCUGAGCACACAAUGCUCUGCUUACAAGUUAUGCAGAUGCUGGUGCGGUGUGCGGCGGUGUGCGCGGAGGGGCUUGGCGGGGCGCUGCGCCGCUACUGCUUCGACGCCACGCUCGGCGCCGACCUGCGCCACGCCGCCACCGCCGCGGACGUGCUCACGCGCAUCGUAGUGCACUGCUACGAAGAGAGUCUCCCAGUGGAGGGUGCCGAUUUGAUGCUAGCCCUGGAGUCCCUGGUCAUUGCCACAGGCCAAGUGCCCGGUCACAUAAAGCCUCUGCGUAUCGCCUUGCGUUGCCUAGUGCAGCUGAGCAGAGUCGAGCCGAGCCUGUACGCUGAGCGCACGGCGGCCACGGUGGGGGGCCAGCUGGGCGGGGCGGGCGGGGCGGCCGAUCCCCAGCGCACCGCCGCCCUACUGGAGGCGCUGGCGGCGCUGGGCGGCUCGGCGGCCUGCACGCGCCGCCUGGCGCCCGCCCUGCCCGCCCUGCUCAGGACCUUCGCGGACACCGGGGCCAUGCUGCCGGAGGAGGGCUCGAACAACGGCACCACUCUGGUGCUGGUGUGCACGGUGCUGUUCCAGGAGCGCGCCGCCGCCAAGCUGGCCUUCCGCGUCCAGGACUCGUGGGAGCGGCGCGUGCUGCUCACCGUCUCGCGCGCCGACGGCUGGACGCGCUACAGGGCGGCCAGGGCCGCGCUCAGGUACGGGCACCCGUCCGUGGCGGCCGAGCUGCUGCAGCGGCUGGCGCAGGAGGCGGCCAGCGAGGCGGCCCAGCGCUGGCUCACCACGCUGCACCGAGCCGCGGCCGCGGACGCCGCUCUGCAGAGACACGGCACAAGCCACCUGGAGGAGUGCAGCGGGCAGUGGGAGGCGUGCGGGGACGCGGGCGGCGCCGGCGGGGCGGGCGUGGGCGGCGGCGGCUGCGCGGCGGGCUGCGCCGGCUGCGGCUCCUGCACGCCGCUGGCGGCCGCCUGGAUGCAGGCGCGCGCUCUGGCGCUGGCCGCUCUAGCGCGCGCGCACGCCGCCGCCGGCGCGCUCUGCACGCAGCCCCCGCCCGCGGUGGCGCAGGUACGCGCAGCCAUAAGAGCGGGCGGAGUGGAAGCAUACAAUGGAGUCGGAAGUGAGGUAAGCGGGGCGCUGCAGGCGGCGCGCGAGGCGGGCGCGCGGGUGGGCGCGGCGGGGGCGGCGCUGCGGCGCGCGGCCCACGCGGCCCACGCGGUGGCGCAGCGCUACGCGCACAUCGCCCACACCGCCUUCCACGCGGACGACUCCACGCUCGCGCACCUCCACAUCUCGCAGCACACGUUCGCCCAGCUGGCCCAGUUCCUGGACCGCGUCACGUCCAACCAGCAGGAGAGGCCCGCAGAGUUGUUCCCCAGAGAAAUCAAGGCGACCACCCUGGAGGAACUGAUCGCCCUGGCCCCCUCCGUGGAACUCGCCAAGAUAUCGGCCAAGCUGUUCGACAACCCCACCACUGAGCCGGGAAUCACUCAUAGGCACGCGGAGGGCGUGGCGAGCGCGGUGCGCGCGUACGUGCGCGCGGCGCCGUGGCCGCGCGGCGUGUGCGAGGCGGUGGGCGGCGCCACGCUGUGCCGGCUCUCGCUGGCGCCGGCGUGGCGCGCGCCGCCCGCCGACCACGCGGCGCCGCUGCCGCUCGCGCACCGCCUGGCGCUGCGCCUCGAGGGCGUCGCGCUGCCGCCCCCCGCCAGGUCCGGGCGGGCGGCGCGCGAGGUGAAGGCGGUGCAGAUCACCGUCACGGCCACGCCGCACGCGCGCGCCAACGACAAGGGCGAGGCGGGCGCGUGCGUGCUGCGCGCCGUGCAGACGGUGCAGCCGGUGCGCGACUUCUUCGCGGCGCAGCAGCUGGUGGGCGUGCCGGCGGCCGGCCUCUACUGCGUGGCCGUGGACGCCGCCUUCGUGGACCGCCGCGGCGCGCUCUGGCGCACCGGCCCGCGCACCUCGCUGCUCGUCAAGGCGCACGAGGAGGCAGGCUCGAAGGGCGGAGCGCCAGCCACACGCAGCCGCUUC